AUGGACUCUCUACCAAAACGCUCGCGAGAAGAGACCGAAGACGAGUACGACGAUGCGCCUGCACGGAAACGGUCCAACUCCGGCUCUCCGCGCAGGCUAGCCGAACGCCCUGCGCGCCGGUACAGCAGAGAUCACGAGCGCGACCACGACCGCGACCGCGACCGCGAGCAUGACGACAGCGCGGACGACCAGCGAUAUUACGACCGCCGCACCCCCUCGCAAUCACGCUCGCAGUCGAGCUCGCGCUCGAGAAGCCGGUCCCGCACGCCUCCACCGCGCAAGCCCACCUCGCUCAACUACACCCCCCACCUGAUCCUGCGCGGACACAAGCGCGCGGUAUCGUGUCUGAAGUUCUCCCCCAACGGGCUCAGGAUCGCCUCUGCCUCGGCCGACGCGACCAUCAAGAUCUGGUCCGCGUCCACGGGCCAGCUCGAGCACACGCUCGAAGGCCACCUCGCCGGCGUCAACACGCUGACCUGGUCGCCGGACAGCACCACGCUCGCCUCGGGCUCCGACGACAAGUCCAUCCGGCUGUGGGACAUCAGCACAGGGCUCGCGCACCCCACGCCGCUUAUCGGCCACCACAACUACGUCUACAGCAUCGCCUUCAGCCCCAAGGGGAACAUGCUGGUCUCCGGCUCCUACGACGAGGCUGUGUUUCUGUGGGACGUACGGGCAGCGCGCGUCAUGCGCUCCUUGCCCGCCCACUCGGACCCCGUCUCCGCAGUCGACUUUGUGUGCGACGGCACCCUCAUCGUGUCCUGUUCGCACGACGGCCUGAUCCGCGUGUGGGACACCAGCACAGGGCAGUGCCUGCGCACGCUGGUGCACGAGGACAACGCGCCCGUGACGUCUGUCCGCUUCAGCCCCAACGGAAAAUACAUCCUAGCCCACACGCUCGACUCGUGCCUCCGGCUGUGGGACUACACCAACGGUAAGGGUCGGUGCGUGAAGACGUACCAAGGGCACAGCAACGGCAGAUUCUCCCUCGCCGGCGCAUUCGGCACGUACAGCAGCCCCGCCGACCCAGCCCAGCGCUUCGCCUUCGUCGCCUCCGGCAGCGAAGACGGCACGUUGGUGCUGUGGGACGUGUCGUCCAAGGACAUCCUGCAGCGACUGCGCGGCCACGACGAUGCCGUGCUGGCCGUCGACACGCACCCGCACGGCCCCGUCCUGGCGACGGCGGGCCUCGACUGCAGCGUGCGCGUGUGGAAAGCCUCGGCCGCGCCGGCCGUCCAGCAAGAAGAGAGCAGCAGCGGCAGCAGCAGCAGCAGCAGCAGCAGCAACGGCAACAGCAGCGUCAAGCACAGCCGCGCCAGUGCGCUCCCGCCCAACCCCUUUGCGGCCGACAGCCCCGCGCUGGGGAGUUCGGCCGUGGACACGCCGGUGGAGAGCAGUCCCGCGAGGCAGGAGUAG